AUAGCAAUGACUACGAUACCCUCUCAUCUUCCUUUUUUUCUCUCCACCAUCUUCCCUUAUCAACUCAAGACUCAUAAAGCUUCUCUCAUCUUCAUCAUAACCUAAACUACAAAAUCAGAAAGAGUCAAAAAAAAAAAAAAACAAAAAGAAAGAAAAACCUUAGUGUUUCAGAUCUUGAUAUUAUGGAUCCAAUCCACGGCUUUAUGGGGACAACAAACAUUUCACAUAACACAAACCUUAUGAUCGCCGCCGCAGCCGCCGCUACAACUACCACCUCCUCCUCGUCGUCGUCUUCCUCGGGUGGCUCGGCGACGAACCAGCUGAGUAGGUACGAGAAUCAGAAGAGAAGAGAUUGGAACACUUUCGGACAGUAUCUACGCAACCACCGUCCGCCACUUUCUCUCUCCCGUUGCAGUGGUGCUCAUGUUCUUGAAUUCCUCAGGUACCUCGACCAAUUCGGCAAGACCAAGUAUUCGUCGGUCAAUGACGAAAAUGCACGAAUCAAGAAGAAACUCGUGUAUCCUAUGAUU